AUGAAUUUCCCCCUGAAUGUGGAGAUGUGGCUGCGAUCGCGCGCACUUGUGUCCAGCGGGCGGAACUGCGGUGCGGUCCAGAAAGAACUUCCAGCCUUUAAUAACGAGAAGUGUGAUGAGGCUCUAGCUUCUCCUCUGCCUCACACAGCCUUCACCAGCUCGUCCGUGUUCUCCAACGGCUAUGCACCCGGAUAUGCGAAGCUCAACAGGAGAGGAGGUGCUGGUGGCUGGUCUCCUCUGGACAGUGACCAUUACCAAUGGCUACAGGUGGACCUUGGAUCAAGAAAGCAGGUUAGCGCCAUAGCAACACAGGGUCGCUAUAGCAGCUCCGAUUGGACAACGCGGUACCGUCUCCUCUACAGCGACACUGGAAGGAACUGGAAACCAUAUCACCAAGACGGCAACAUUUGGGCCUUCUCCGGGAACUCCAACUCAGAGAGCUCAGUUCGCCACGAGCUACAGCAGGGAAUUGUGGCACGCUUCCUGAGGCUGGUUCCGCUGGACUGGAGCGAGGAGGGACGGAUUGGACUGCGUAUAGAAGUUUACGGCUGCUCCUACUGGGCGGGCGUGAUCAACUUUGAUGGGCAGGGUGUCAUCUCUUAUCGCUUUAAGGUGAAGAAGAUGAAGAUCAUCAAGGAUGUGAUUGCACUGAGGUUCAAGACGUCAGAGAGUGACGGUGUGAUUCUUCAUGGGGAGGGCCAACAGGGAGACUACAUCACCCUGGAGCUUCGCAUGGCCAAGCUGCUGCUGCAGAUAAACCUGGGCAGUAAUCAGUAUGGAUCUAUCCUGGGGCAUACCUCUGUGACCACCGGCAGCCUCCUGGAUGAUAAUCACUGGCACACAGUGGUGAUUGAACGCUACCGGCGUAAUGUCAACUUCUCCUUGGACAGUCACACUCAGCACUUCAGGACCAAUGGAGAGUUUGACCACCUCGAUUUAGACUACGAGUUGAGUUUUGGGGGUAUGCCGUACAGCGGGAAGCCAGUGGGAGGAGGAAGGAAGAACUUUAAAGGCUGCAUGGAGAGCAUCAACUAUAAUGGAGACAACAUUACUGACCUGGCCCGUCGAAAGAAGCUAGACACCUCCAGCUUUCGAAACCUGUCCUUCUCCUGUGUGGAGACCCACACCUUCCCGGUCUUUUUUAAUGCCACCAGUUUCCUGCAACUGCCGGGUCGAGCAAAUCACAACACAAUAUCUGUGAGCUUCCAGUUUCGUACAUGGAACCCCGAUGGGCUCCUCUUCUUCAGUAAUCUGGACGACGGCACGCUGGAGAUCUCCCUCGAGGACAGCAAGGCUGCCGUUCAUAUCAAUGUUACCAAGGGGACCAGAAACAACCGCGUAGACGUAUCGUCAGGUUCAGGCCUUAACGACGGUCAGUGGCACGCAAUACGUUUGGUCGCCAAGGAGAACUUUGCCAUGUUGACAGUAGACGGCGAGGAGGCGUCUGCUGUGCGCUCCACUUCGCCUCUCACCAUCACCACAGGAGGAACCUACCACUUGGGAGGGUAUUUUCUCCAGACGCUGUUCCCACCCUCCCAGCGUACCUUCCAGGGCUGCAUGCAAGCAAUCUUGGUUGACGACCAACCAGCUGAUUUGCAUGCAGUGGAAAAAGGCACCACGGGAGCUUUUGAGAAUAUCAGCCUCGACAUGUGUGCAAUUAUAGACAGGUGUAUGCCGAACCAUUGUGAACACGGUGGGCGGUGCAAGCAGACAUGGGACAGUUUCAGCUGUACCUGUGAUGGAACCGGAUACACUGGAGCCACCUGCCACACUUCGAUCUAUGAGCCGUCAUGUGAGGCCUAUAAGCAUCUGGGCAGGUCCUCUGACACCUACUGGAUCGACCCCGACAGCAGCGGACCCCUUGGCCCCUUCAAAGUCAAUUGCAACAUGACAGAGGACAAAGUGUGGACAACCGUUAUGAACAACCUGCCACCCAAAAUCGCAGUGACGGGCUCCAGUAGAGAAAGACGCACAGUCUUACAGGUCAACUACAGCACCUCUAUGGAACAGGUGACAGCCAUCACCACCAGUGCAGAACACUGUGAGCAGCAAAUCGCCUACAGCUGUCGCAUGUCCAGGCUGCUCAACACUCCAGAUGGGACCCCGUACACAUGGUGGGUCGGUCGGGGCAGCGAGAAGCACUUCUACUGGGGCGGCUCAGGGCCCGGCAUCCAGAAGUGUGCCUGUGGCAUCGACAGGAACUGCACGGACCCCAAGUAUGACUGCAACUGCGAUGCCGACAGCAAACAGUGGAGAGAAGAUUCUGGCCCCCUGACAUAUAAAGAACACCUGCCAGUCAGCCAGGUUGCUGUGGGUGACACCAACAGACCGGGCUCUGAAGCCAAGCUGACUGUUGGACCGCUCCGUUGCCAAGGAGAUAAUAACUACUGGAAUGCGGCAUCCUUCACCACCCCGUCAUCCUACUUGCACUUUGCCACCUUCCAUGGUGAGACCAGCGCCGACAUCUCCUUCUACUUCAAGACCAGUGCGCCGUACGGCGUCUUCCUGGAAAACCUGGGAAACACAGACUUCAUUCGCUUGGAGCUCAAAUCUCCUAAAGUCAUCUCCUUCUCCUUCGACGUUGGAAACGGACCGGUGGAGUUGACGGUGCAUUCGGCCGCGCCGCUCAACGACGACCAAUGGCACCGCGUCAACGCCGAGCGGAACGUCAAAGAGUCGGUCCUCCAGUUGGAUCAGACCUACCGGGCGUCUCGGCUCGCUCCUGCUCAGGGCCACACCCGGCUCGAGCUGUUCAGCCAACUCUACGUGGGUGCGGCAGGAGGGCAGAGGGGGUUCCUGGGCUGCAUCCGCGCCCUGCGGAUGAACGGCAUCACCCUGGACCUGGAGGAGAGGGCUAAGGUGACGCCUGGGGUCAAGCCAGGUUGCCAAGGCCACUGCACCAGUUUCGGGAUGUACUGCCGCAACGGAGGGAAGUGUGUGGAGAGGUACAACGGCUACUUGUGCGACUGCGCCGCCACCGCCUACGACGGCCCGUUCUGCACCAGAGAUGUCGGGGGUUUCUUUGAGGCAGGAACAUUAAUCAAAUACAACUUCAUGCCUGAAGCGGUCGCAGGAGCCAGCAGGGACUCAAAGCUCCUGACGCGCCAGCAGACGCCACACGAAGUGAACCUAACAAAGGAGGAAGUGGCUUUCAGCUUCAGCACCUCUAACGCUCCGGCUAUUCUGAUGUACGUCAGCUCCAGGACGCAGGAUUAUCUGGCCGUGGUCUUAAGGCGGAAUGGUUCACUACAGGUCCGGUAUUACCUGGGAGGUCUGAAGGAGCCAUUCUCCAUAGACGUGGACCAGCGUAACCUGGCCAACGGACAGCCACAUAGCAUCAACAUGUCCCGAGUCGACCGCAGCAUCACGAUCCAGUUGGAUCAUUACCCUCCAGUCAGCUACACGCUGCCAGAUGAGUCGGACACACAGUUCAGCCUGGUGAAGACGCUGUUUUUGGGGAAAGUCUUUGAAACGGGACACGUAGACCCUGUCCUCAUUGAGCGUUACAACACUCCAGGCUUCAUCGGGUGUCUUUCGCGGGUUCAGUUCAACGGCGUCGCCCCCCUCAAGACUGCGCUGAGAAGUGCCGCGCGGACCCAGGCCGCAACGCCAGCCGGCCAGCCGGACAGGCCGCCUGCUGCCGCCUCGCCGGUGUCCUACCAGGGCAAACUGGUGGAGUCCAACUGCGGGUCGUCCCCCCUCACCAUCCCACCGAUGUCUGCUGCCACGGACCCCUGGCAUCUGGACAACACAGAUGCGGAGUUCCCCUUCAAUGAGGAGAGAGUGAUUCCUGAUGGGGUCAACAGAGACUCGGCCAUCAUUGGUGGGAUCAUCGCCGUGGUGAUCUUCACCAUCCUGUGCACCCUGGUGUUCCUGAUCCGCUACAUGUUCCGUCACAAAGGCACCUACCACACCAACGAGGCCAAGGGCGGCAGGGAGCAGGCCGCCGAGUCGGCGGACACGGCCAUCAUCGGCACCGACAACCCGGAAACCAUCGACGAGUCGAAGAAGGAGUGGUUCAUCUAACGGCCGCCGGCGGGACCUUGAGGGGGAAAGUGGUUUGUCGGGAACAGCCGGUGCCGCGGAGGGAGGGGGGGGGGUCGAAGGAAACGACCAAUCACGGCAACGAUGGAGGAGAGGGAAUUCAGUGGGACAAUAAUCCCCCGGAGAGGGCGUGGCUGUGACAGAAAGACGUGACAGAAAUAUAUUUAGUUUAUUUGUUUUGUUUUUUUAUAUAUUCAGAGUAUUAGAAAGAGAAGGGGGACAGCUCCGAGAGACUCGACCUGUAAAUACUAACCGGCUUGUCCUUCUUUGUAUUGUGCUUGGGAGUUUUCAGGAGUCCUUUAAAUACUGUUUAUGACAAAUAAUUAUACUUACUGGGUUGUGUGAUAGCACAGAUUUAUUUCCAAUCUCUGUUUCAUUUUGAUUUUAUUUUUUAACAAAAAUCUUAUAUCAAAAAUGAUCAAAUCAAAAUGCCAAACCCUAAUUUUUCGUUGCUUAUCAGGCCGUGGUUGCAUCAGUCUGUCACGCUCAUAUCCGUCAGAUAACAUGCCACUUAUAUUGUGGUAACAAAGUUGAAUAUAGAUGCCAAAACUCACUGUGUAAAUAUAAUAUUUUGUGUUUUUCUUUUCCUUAAAAGAUUUAUUCAGAGUCCAUUACAUAAUUACAGAUGAGAAUUGUCAGAUCUAUAUUACAAUGAAAUCAUAUGUCCGUCCAUUAUAUUAUAUAUGAUUUAACUAUAGAGUUUUACGUUUAAAUCUUAUGACAUUCGAUUGUACGGGACAUUCCUUUCCGAGGAAGAGCAGAGAAGUUGUUUUUUUCUUAGAGCAUGGUGGCAUCAUAACACUUCACGCUUGGUUUAGCUCAGCACGCCGGCUUUCUUCUCAUUUUGAACGGGUCAAACGCGAUCCUUUCCUCAAUCCGACUUCUUCAGCAGGUCCGUUUGUUCUUUGCCAAAACACUUGAGUCUUAUGAUUAAAUGAUGAAAUAAUUGGUUCACAUUCGACUGAUGUAUGUUUGCAGUGUGUUCAUGCAUCUGUGUGUGUGUGUGUGUAUGUAUGCGUUGGUCCAAUGAAUAGAACUUGGUGUAUUGGAAAUAAGGGGUGCCAAAUAAAACAAUUAGGACAGUCACAUGGAUGACAUCAAAGAACAUGCCUGACACUUUAUGAGCUCUACUGAGGCACUGGACUUGCUCGAAAGCAGCACAAAUUAAAAAGAAUGUUCAAAUGUAAUAUUUGAUGAAAUUGAGAAUUGGCUUUUUAAUCCAUUGUGCCUUCGAGGUGUUGAACCAUUGCACCUUGAAUUUACUUGAAUAACUUUCUCAUUAAUCCAAGACUUUGGGUCUCUUUAUGUAUCCUGAUGGUAGCGGUGCUCGAUCAAAGCUCGAGUUACAAUUCAGAAUACUCCCAUCUGAUUUCUCUCAAAGCGCUUUGAAGCACGACUGUGUGGGUUCCUAUGCAGCAGGAGAAGAUACAUUGUAUAGGAGAACACACAAGAAGUACACACAACCUCUGCGUGACGCACAUACACACGCGAACAUGAUCGAGCAUGAGUCGAGGUUGUUUGUUCCAUCACAAGAGCAACGAGUUCACAAUGAGGAGGCGGCUGCUUUGUCAGCAUCGAAAUGAGUGCCACUGUUGUCCGAACAUCAAGAUGUACAUUGUAUACUUUUAGCCAUGUUGUUCCUGUCCCUGUCACUGUUGUGUGUGGUUACCUCACCAUAGCAUAUACUGAACAAUGUGUUACCGUUGAAACCAGCCGUCAACUUUGUUAUUUUGUCAUGAAUUUUCUUCCUCCACGUCAGUUAGUUGAUAUUGCUGCCAUGACUACGCAUCACGUGAAGGAUUUCGCCCGUCAUCGUCGCCUCGCGGUUGAGUUCAAAUGGUAAUUCACUUUAUCAGAGACGUGAGGACGCCUGGUUGAACUCAGCCUGGUGACCUCAGCCUGGUGACCUCAGCCUGGUUGAACUCAGCCUGGUGACCUCAGCCUGGUUGAACUCAGCCUGGUGACCUCAGCCUGGUUGAACUCAGCCUGGUGACCUCAGCCUGCCUUCUAGCGCGGCCUCAAAGGCUUUCUCCCUCCACACGUGUCUGUGAAGGCUGUACUGUUACUUCCUCUUUUUUUGUCAUUAUUAUAUUUCUCAGACUAUACAUAAGCACACACAAACACACCCUUGAUAUGUGGUUUGAACAGAACGUUGAUAAUGGAUUUUCAUCUCCGACAGACAUACACCAUAUGUUUUGCUUUCAGUUCUAUUGAGUUCGUUAUUAAAGAGUGUUUGAUCUUUU